AUAUUUGGGGAAAAUGACCCAUUGGUUUCAUAGGAACCCGUUAAAAGCCACAGCUCCUGUAUCCUUUAACUACUAUGGUGUAGUCACUGGCCCUGCUGCUUCAAAAAUUUGCAAUGACUUGCGAUCAUCCAGGACACGGCUGCUUGAACUGUUCACUGAUUUGAGCUGUAAUCCAGAAAUGAUAAAGAAUGCAGCAGAUUUGUAUUUUUCACUUUUACAAGGUUUUAUAAAUUCACUGGAUGACUCUACCCAAGAAAGCAAGUUGCGAUAUAUACAAAAUUUCAAAUGGACUGAUACAUUACAAGGACAGAUCCCAAGUGCCCAACAGGAUGCUGUUUUUGAAUUAAUUUCCAUGGGAUUUAAUGUAGCUUUAUGGUAUACCAAAUAUGCUUCAAGACUGGCUGGAAAAGAAAACAUAACAGAAGAUGAAGCAAAAGAAGUUCAUCGAAGUCUAAAAAUUGCAGCUGGGAUUUUUAAACAUUUAAAGGAAAAUCAUAUCCCAAAACUUAUUACACCUGCAGAAAAGGGAAGGGAUUUAGAGGCACGGCUUAUAGACGCUUAUAUUAUCCAGUGUCAGGCAGAAGCUCAAGAAGUAACAAUUGCUCGAGCAAUUGAACUAAAACAUGCCCCAGGACUUAUUGCUGCACUGGCAUAUGAGACAGCCAAUUUCUAUCAGAAAGCUGAUCAUACUUUAUCCAGUUUGGAGCCUGCAUACUCUGCAAAAUGGAGAAAAUAUCUUCACUUAAAAAUGUGUUUCUACACAGCUUAUGCCUACUGUUACCAUGGUCAGACUUUGUUGGCUAGUGAUAAAUGUGGUGAAGCAAUCAGGUCUCUUCAAGAAGCAGAAAAAUUUUAUGCAAAGGCAGAAGCAUUAUGCAAAGAGUAUGGGGAAACCAAAGGACCAGGACCAACAGCCAAACCUUCAGGACACUUGUUCUUCAGGAAACUUGGAAGUCUAGUGAAGAAUACCCUAGAAAAGUGCCAAAGAGAAAAUGGAUUUAUUUACUUCCAAAAAGUUCCAACAGAAGCUCCAGCACUGGAACUGAAAGCAAAUUAUGGUCUUGUAGAGCCAAUACCUUUCAAAUUUCCUCCUACAAGUGCUCACUGGACACCAGAAACAUUGGCUACAUUUGAUCUCACCAAGAGACCCAAGGAUGACAGUACCAAGCCCAAACCAGAAGAAGAAGUAAAACCUGUGAAAGAACCAGAUAUCAAACCUCAAAAGGACACUGGGUGCUACAUUUCCUAACAUGCAUUGGUACAGUGUAUACAUUGAAUUUCUCCACUAGU